CUGAAACUACACCUCUGGCUUUCUGUAUCUAUGUCUCACACAUCUCACACAAAUACAUUCUUUCUCACACGACAUCCUUUGUUUAUCACACAUCCAGUUACUGUAAAUAAGUUGGUUAACAGGUAAUAUUUCCACUGUAUUUCACAUGGACAACUGGUUUCUCUUACAUGUCUAUCCAUAAUAUCUGUUACUGUGUUAAUAUUUAUAUUUUGAGCAUUUUGGAGGGGUCCGGGGCAUACUCCCCUUUGAGCAUUUUUCUUAUUUCUUCUCCCUAGUAAAUGCUAAAUCUACGGUAUUUAAGUAUAUUAUGUUGACUGUUUGAUACUUUCUUCCAUAACACUUGGAUACAAUUAAUUUCCUAUUGGGCAAAACAUAAUCCAAACCACAACCAAAACAAACUGCAAAUGCAUACAAACUCAAGUUUGUUGAGUCACAAGCUUGGUGCAUUUAUUGGGUGCAAAGAACCAAAAUACAUCAUGCUUGACUACUUUAAUACACUAUGAAUUAAUUUGUCCAAAUACUUAUGACUUCUUGAAUCGGGGGGACUAUAUACAUAAAGUGCUUUUAUUUCUAAAUUGUAAAACAUACAAUACCUUCAGAAAGUAUUCACACCCCUUGAUGUUUUCCAAAUGUUGUUAAGUUACAGCCUGAAUUUAAAAUGUAUGAAAUUUAGAUGUUUUUAUGUCCCUGGCCUACACACAAUACCACAUGUCAAAGUGGAAUUAUGUAAAAAAAAAAGUGUCAAUAAGUAUUCGAAUACUUUGUUAUGGAAAUCCAAAAUAAGUCGAAUAAUACAUUGCAUGGACUGUGUGCAAUAAGUGUUUAACAUGAUUUUAAUGACUACCUCAUCUCUGUACCCCACACAUACAAUUAUCUGUAAAGUCGGUCAGUCGCGUAGUGAAUUUCAAGCAGAGAUUCAACCAAAAAAAACAGGGAGGUUGUCUAAUGUCUCACAAAGAAGGAAACUAUUCUAAAAUACUAUAAAAUCCUUUUUAAAAAAGCAGACAUUGAAUCUCCCUUUGAGCAAGGUGAAGUUAUUAAUUACACAUUGGAUGGUGUAUCAAAAUACGCACUCACAACAAAGAUACUGCCAUCAUUCCUAACUUAGUUGCCGGAGAGGAAAAAACCCACUCAGAGAUUUCACUAUGAGGCCAAUGGUGACUUUAAAACAGUUACAGAGUUUAAUGGCUGUGAUAGGAGAAAAGUGAGGAUGGAUCAACAACAUUGUCUACCAAACUAACCUAAAUGACGCAGUGAAAAGAAGGAAGCUUGUACCUGUUUGCAGGAAAGGAACUAAAGUAAAACUGCAAAAACUGUGGCAAAGCAAUUCACUUUUUGUCCUGAAUACAAAAUGUUAUGUUUGGGGCAAAUAGGAUACAACACAUUACUGAGUACCAUUCUCCAUAUUUUCAUGCAAAGUGGUGGCUGCAUCUUGUUAUGUGUAUACUUGUAAUCAUUAAGGGACUGGUGAGAUUUUCAGGAUAGAAAAUAAAUGUAAUGGAGCUAAACACAGGCGAAGUACUAGAGAAAAACCUGGUCGAGUCUGCUUUCCACCAGACACUGGGAGAUGAAUUCACCUUUCAGCAGGAUAAUAACCUAAAACACAAGGCUAAAUAUACACUGGAGUUGCUUACCAAGAAUACAGUGAAUGUUUUUGAGUGGCAGAGUUACAGUUUUGACUUGAAUCUACUUGAAAAUCUAUGGCAAGACCUGAAAAUGGUUGUCUAGCAAUGAUCAACAACCAAUUGGACAGAGCUUGAAGAAAUUUGAAAAGAAUAAUGGGCAAAUGUUGCACAAUCCAGGUGUGGAAAGCUCUUAGAGACUUAGAGACGCAGAAAGACUCACAGCUGUAAUCGCUGCCAAAGGUGCUAAUACAAAGUAUUGACUCAGUGGUGUAAAGACUUAUCUAAAUUAAAUAUUUCUGUAUUUCAUUUUCAAAAAUGUAGCAAAAAAUGACAAAAAACAUGUUUUCACUUUGUCAUAAUGGGGUAUUGUGUGUAGAUUGGUGAGAUUGUUUAUUUAUUUAGUACAUUUUGAAUUCAGGCUGUAACACAACAUAAUGUGUGAUAAGUCAAGGGGUUUGAGUACUUUAUGAAAAUACCCUCAAAUAAAGGGGAAAUUCUGUACUGUCGCCUUAUAUAAAACAUUGUAUCUUAAAUCUAAAAUACUGGAAUAUAGAGCUAUAUAUACUUUUUGGGCUUCACUGUCCAAAUGCAUAUGGAGGGGAGUGUAUGGGGCGGCAGGGUAGCCUAGUGGUUAGAGCGUUGGACUAGUAACCAGAAGGUUGUGAGUUCAAACCCCUGUGCUGAUAAGGUACAAAUCUGUCAUUCUGCCCCUGAACAGGCAGUUAACCCACUGUUCCCAGGCUGUCAUUGAAAAUAAGAAUGUGUUCUUAACGGACUUGCCUGGUUAAAUAAAGGUAAAAUAAAAUAAAUAAAUAUGAUUCUGAUUGUUCAGAUACCCUUACUUCUGCAACAUCACCUCACACUUGCUGUAUGAGACUGUUGUUUAGGUUGCUGCUCUCUGUGGUUUUGCUGUUCACAAGCUCCACAUUUCUACGUCUACGUCUCUAUUCAAACAAUCCUCUGACUCAGUCACACACCUUACUGUGAAGUCAGACUAAUCGUAUGUAGCUGUCUGACAAAUGGCAUUGUUCAUCCCUGAUAUGGCUGGUCAUCUGUUCUUGGGCAUCCUCCUUUUUGAUACGUUCCAAUCCAUCAAAGCCCAAGUCCCUCCUCAGCUGACAGUGAGUCCUGAAGUCAUCAGGGUUACGGACACAGUUCAGCUGAGAUGUCACACUUCUCAAUCUACCUAUGUGUCUCAGUGUUACUUCUACAUAGAGAAAAUACACCAUCUCCAACAUACCACAUCCUGUCAGCAGUCACUCACAGGGACCAAGCUGCUUGAAUGGGCAGGUCAUGGUCCAACCACCAAGGUCAACAUGAGAUGUAUCUACUAUGCUGUAGAGAUGUCUAUCUACUCUCCCUACAGUGACCCUGUCUCAGUCACUCUCCUGGGUAAACUGCAGAAACCAGACAUUAGUGUCAAUGACGAAUCAUCUCAUGACAUCACUAUUGCCUGUGUACUUCCUGAGUCUGUCAGUGAUGGUGAUAGCUGUAACCUGUACACUGGAGACCAGCCUCAGGCCUACAAAGAGGCUUGGGUGAGGAGAUUUAACACAGCAUCAUCCAAACUAUUCUGUACCUUCAGUGUUACUAAGAAUGAUCUGUUCAGGCAUCUGCAGUUGGAGAGAGAUGUGAGCUGUGACUAUAGAGUGAACACAGGAUCACACUCUCUAUCUCCCCGCAGUGAUAAAUACAUAAUUACAGGUCAGAAACCAAAUAUUACAGUCAGUCUGAAAGGGAACCUCAUCCUCACCUGUUUAAUUCCUGGCUCUGUCAGUAAUGACACCACCUGUAACCUGUAUGUUGGAGAGAAGAGUAAGUGUCUUUUUAGAGCACAAAUCUGGAAGAAGAAACACAAAGAUUCCGAAUGCUGGUUCUGUCAAUUCUCUGCGGCUGAGAGUGAUCUGAUCAGUUGUCUACAGUCAGUGAGGCGUAAGGAAGUGAGCUGUGACUACAGAGUGAGCUCAGGACCAAACUCUCUCUCUCCACGCAGUGAUUGGAACAGCUUUACAUUGGUUUUAACUCCAGGUCCUAGAUCUACUUUGCUUCCCAGCAAGACAGCGAGUCCUACAGAAGUUUUGACUGUUACUUCUACUUUGACCCCAGACACCACAGUGAGACCAACUACCAGUUUGACCUCUCCUUUGACCCCCAGCACAGCAGUGAAUCCUACAUCAGGUUUGACCUCUCCUUUGGCCCCCUGCACAGCAGUGAAUCCUACAUCAGAUUUGACUGUUAGUCCUACUUUGACAAAUGACACACCAAAGAGUCCAACUGAAAGAGGUCAAAGCUCCACAGACAGCAUUGUGAAUUCAAACAGUCAAAAAAGAGUUUGGGCGGUGCAACUAUGGCAGACAACUGUGUGUAUGGCUUCUGGAGUGGGCGUGUUCUUAAUGGGAUUGACAGCUGUCUAUCUCUGCAGGAGGACCAAGAAAACCAAUUCUCUGAGACCUACAGCCAGACAGGAUGAUCACAGCCAAUAUGAUUUGGUGAUGGGAGCUAUGAGCAGUGCAGGCAUGUUGGAUUCAAGGGAUGCUGGGAUCUAUUCUCUCAUCACCUCUGUACCGUCCACGUUUUUGCACUCAGGUCCUGUGCAGCAAUCUGCAAAUGAAGAUGCUGAUUCAGAGAAUGCAGGGGUCUACAGCCUGAUCACUUCUGUACCAUCCACAUCUGUACCAUUAGGUCCUUUUGAAGAAAAUGGAAAGUCAUCUGAAAACGACAAAUCUGAUAUGUACCAUGUAUACAGCUCAAUCCCCGACAGACCAGCAUCCUCAGCCCAGCCGGAUGGGUUGUACAGUCUUUUACAGACACACUGAAACUACACCACUGGCUCUCUGUUAUGUCUCACAGAAAAGUGGUUUCUUUCAGGAUGUCCUUUAUUUAUCAGACAUCAUGUUACUUUAAAUAAGUAUCUAAAACAUCUACCACAGUGCCGUUUCUGUUUAUAAGCGACAUACAGUAAGCAGCCGUUAAGAGGCCCCUCCCCCCUCCAAAAACAACUGUAGGAUAGUAGAAUACACAACGUGCAGUUUCGAAAUGUGGUUCUUCGUCAGAAGUUUUUCUCUUGUUAUGUCAGUCACUGACAGUCACUCAAUAAAUCCCAUGACAGCUAAGAUUUUAUAGAUUGCUCGGCCCAGUUAGUCUCGCCAGCUAUCUAAGCCUUGUAGUAAUGGCCGAAUUACUGCCCAGGGGCCCUGACCUCCAGGGGGCCCCCAAUAAUUUUGUUAGUCACUCUCACUCAGAUAUCAAAUUAACAUGACAUAAGUCAUGGCAAAUGUUUAGAAUUGCAGUAAAUUAGCUUGAAAACCGAAUGUUAUUGUUUCAACGACAAUGGCAUACUGUGUUGAAUUGUAGGACAUUAAGUUCUCUCCGCCCCAUGGCAAAAUGAGUAGAAUUGCAGGACAUUAACUUUAAAGCUCCAAAUGUUUCUCUUCGCUGCCAUAACCGGGGCCACUAAAAUGUUUUGUCGGUGAGGUGGGCAAAUCUCGCUUAGGGCCCCCAAAAUGCUUGGAACUGCCGUAAUUUGCUGUAUCACACAUGGAAACCUGGAUUGUGUUACAUGCCUAUCCAUAAUAUCUGUUAAUAUUAUUAUUUUUAUUUGGGGAUUUUGGAGGUGUCCGGGGCAUACUCCCCUUUAAAUAUUUUUAAGUAAAUGCCCAAAUAAAUAUACACUGUAUUUAUAUAUAUUCUGUCAUCUGUGUGAUACCUCCUUCCAUAACGGUUUGAUAAAAUUUACUAAAUAAAAUAUAUUUGUGAUCAAAAUCGAUAGAUACAGACAAUUAAAAAUCAAUAAAUAUAUAACAUAUUCACACAAUGCAAAAAAACCAGGUAAAUAGGAAAUUAAGAUAAAUUCAUCGAAAUGAAGUCAUUAAGAUCCAGUGGUAUUGAUAAGACAUUUUUCUUGGUAAAAUUCAUCUUGUGUUUAAAUAUGCCUAUAAUAUAAGCCCCCACAAAAAAAAAAAAAAAACUGGGGAAAAAGUCUAAUGUUAAUUUAACAAUUUUUGCGGCAAAAGUUAUCAACCCCAAAAGCCAAAUUUUAUAGCAAAAGUAUUGAUGUUGAUAUUUCCCACAUACUUUGUUACAAGCUACAAAAUAUAACAUUUUGGUUUUAAAAAUGUUUACAUUGUUGGCAAAACUGAAAAAUAUAGAUGACCUAAAUGCUAUUCAAAUCUCAAAAUUUCUCCAUGUUUACUUGUUAUUUUCCAAGUUCCCAGUUUAAUUUAAACUUACUCAGCACAUCAGUCGCGCCUUCAAUGUGCAGUGUUGUAGACACAUUCUAGCCUUGAAGUCCAAUGACUGCGGAGUUUAUUUGAUUUGAUUUGAGUGGUUAAGAUGUAAAUGGUGUGGAGAACACAACUUCAUUACAUUGUUUUCCAGUUUACCAUGAGCUUACAUUCUGUUUCGAUGCACACUUGAGCCCAGCGAUCAGGGUGGUCCUUCUGUAGCACAGUUGGUAGAGCAUGGCGCUUGUAACGCCAGGGUAGUGGGUUCGAUUCCCGAGACCACCCAUACGUAGAAUGUAUGCACACAUGACUGUAAGUCGCUUUGGAUAAAAGCGUCUGCUAAAUGGCAUAUAUUAUUAUUAUUAUUAUUAUGCUAUGGGGAUGGCUUUGUUUGUUGAAAAGGGGUGGCUCCCCCCUCCCCUCCCAUAUACACUGUACACACUGUGCAUAGAUCUUUCUAUUGUGUUAUUGACUGUACGUUUGUUUAUGUGUAACUGUGUUUUUGUUUUUGUUGCACUGCUUUGCUUUAUCUUGGCCAGGUCGCAGUUGUAAAUGAGAACUUGUUCUCAACUGGCCUACCUGGUUAAAUAAAGGUGAAAUAAAAUAAAAUAAAAUAUAAAUCCCUCUUCAAUGACACCUUUAAGUUAGUUAAUACAAAUCCUAUAUUUUUUGCUCCAUUUGAAAUGCUCUCUUCUGUAAAACCGAAAAGUAAGAAGAAUAAAUUGAAUACA